GAUUAGAGAGGCUUCCGGGGUGAUGUUGCUCAGAGACGCAGAGAGCCCUGAACGAAAUGGACGAGGGCAAUACCUACGUGAAUGUGAAGUUCGGAGAAACGGGUCCACAGUCUCCUUCCAACGAAGAUCCGACUUCCACCUACUCAGAGUUGAACUUUCCGAAAGACGAACCCCUCAUCGUUGAGGAUGAGGAUCCUGCCAUCGCCUCGGUGCGCGGCGAGCAGCCAAUCACUGCACAGACAGAGCAAACUUGUUACAAGGAUUGGGUCAGAAAUGAAGAUCGGUGUUAUUUCAUAUCCACGUUUGAAACAUCUUACCGUGGAGCGACGAAACAAUGUUCAAACUACACAUCGAGGCUUCUUCAAUUAAAUACAACAGAGGAAAAGAAUUUUUUUUUCAACGCUGUCUGCCAUCAAAAUAGAAAAUACUGGAUUGGAAAAUGUAAAGACGGGAAAGUGGCCUCUAAUGUCCUGUACAAGACACACUCUGGGAACCUCCAUUGCACUGAAUGUAAAUCGUCCAGUAGGCGAUCCCCUUGCAAUCGUAAUGAACACCAUUUCAUCUGCGAGACGGCUGCAUCUGUGUACCCGGAUAUUCCUGAGGAGAUCCAGGAUCUCUGUCGACAUCCAAUACGGGAGUUAUCAAUCAUGUGACAACCCCCGCUAUCUCCCCUGUCUCUCAACCCCACCGACAAUGUCCCAUCUGCCCCUCGGCCCUUCUUUACUCCCCUAUCCCUCUAUCGCACUCUCUCUCCAUAUCUCCUACCCUGUCUGACCCAAUGCGAUUUAAAGUGCCCCUCAGGCAAAAUGAGCCAGCACUACCCCCCGAUUUAAUCCUGGCCUAAUCACGGGACAAAUCGCAAUGACCAAUUCGCCCACCGGCAGUCUUUCGCCCUCUCCUUUCCGGCUCCCUCCUACGUCUGUCUCCCCUAUCUGAUCAACUCGAUCUCCCUCCUCUCGCUUGCCUGUCAGCACAAUCCUGUGCCUUCAGAUUCUCGAUUCCACGACCCUGGGGACUGUGCGCAUCCACCCUAUCUGUGCACCCCGUCGUUUUUGCAGCUCUGCAUCGUCACCCCUACGGUCCAAGGAAAAAUGCCCCGACUUACCCCACCUCUGUUCAUGCCUGUUCACACCGCGAGCACGGGAAAUAUCCUCGUAAAUCUCCCUCCAACCCUUUCCAGCUCAGUGCCAUCUUUCGAACAGCAGGGCGACCAGUACUGGAAACCGUACUCCAAGCGCGGCCUCACCGACGCCCUGUACAACUUCAACAUGACGUCCUGUCUCCUGUGUCCGUGCCCGGACUGAUGAAGGUCGGGUUGCCGAAGUUCCUGUCUGUCCGUGUCGCAUGUAUUCCACCGGAAUAACGAUCCGAUUUUUAUAUCUCCGACUGAGAUCAGUUCGGCACUUAUAUGUAAAGUUAAUGUAAAUUACAGUAAAUAAAUAAA